AUGAGUGAAAUCCCUGAAGCGUUCACCGAGACGUACGGGUUUCGUCUUGAUGGCCAGAAGGAUGGCAUAAAGGUGUUUGAUGAAGCUGUUGAUUUUGAAAAUCCAGUGGUGUCUUCGCUGCCAUUGAACUUGUUGGCGGUUGGCAACAUCAAGAAGGUCUACAUAGCAUCCAAUGCCGCCAAGGUUGUCAUUGGCCGUGUUGAAUCCCUUGAGGAGGAUAGAAAAUACAUUGAUUUGCCAAACACGACGAAUGUGUCGAUAAAUGCUGACAAUGAGCACGUUUACUUUGUUGUUGACGGUACGCUAAAAAGAGCGUCCACGGACGAUUUGCUACUGGGAACGCAGAACUUGACUGAUGUUUUGUCUGAAGUGAAGGAUUUCAAGCCUUCUCCUACGGUUCCUGGCUUAGGUGCUGCUCUUUUGAAAUCGGGAGGUCUUAGUAUCUUGAAUGAUGGCCAAACAGUGCAUUCUAUUGAUGAUAUUGAUGGGUUGGCCUGGGACAUAGAGGGUACGGCUGUUGGCACGGUUUCCAAGAGCAGCUUUGCUGUCUACAAGGCUGACGGAUCUAAGAGCUCUUCUUAUACUGACGAGGAAAACACAUAUAAUGCAUUGACUCCUCUCUCGGAUGGCCAAUGGCUUCUUAUGAGCUCUCCUACGCCUGAGGAUGCGAUCUAUACGUUAUUAGUUGAGGAAGAUUCGAAUUUUACUACGUUUGACGUGCCAUUGGCUCCUCCUUUCGGUGAGGUCGAGAGAGUGCUGCAAUUGUACGCUACUUACUUGCAAAACUGGAUAGAAGGCAAGACUUUGACCAUUGUAUCUACUGCUCUUUCCACAGAGAUCAACACUCUUCAAUAUGAUGGUCAGAAAUCUGAGCUCAUUGGACACGCUAAUGAUACUGAUCGUGCAGAGCUUCCUAUGGACGAUGACUCUGGCGAUGACACUUUGCCUAUUGGUUUGGCAAUUGAUAUCACAGGCACAACCAGGAUUGUCAAGGAGCCUUGUGAGGGAGUCGAGGAAGCCAAUGGAGUUUUGCCUAGGUUGUUUUGUUUGAAUAAUGUUGGUAAUAUGGUUGUUUGGGAUGUUUUUGAAUCCAAGGAGAUCCACAACGAAGGUCUAAGUUUACAGCGGGCUCUUCCUGAGCUCAAGAGCAUAGACUUGGGAAGUUCUUCUCAGAAAGACCCAGUGAGUCUGGGACCAUUCUCUGCACCUUCUGUUCCCGCUGAGAAGAAAGAAGAAGAGAAGGCAAAGCCAGCAGCUCCACCAGCAUCUCCAGUUAAACCAGCCUUCGGUUCUGGUGACUUUGGAUCAUCUACAACAUCCUCUUCUGGUUUUGGCCAGCUUGGUUUCGCAAGCGGUGGAGGUGGAUUUGGCGAGUCUGGCUUCGGUAAGUCUGGUUUCGGCCAAAAAUCGGAAAACAAAGGCACAAAUACCAGCGAAGUCAAGUCUGGUUUCGGCAGUUAUGCAUCAAAAAGCAAUGCUUUCAACACUGAUUCGAAGGCCUCGCCAUUUGGCGCUUCAUCUUCUACUAAUGAUAUCUUCGGAUCCCAGGAGACUAACAACGACAGUCUGAAGCCCUCGAUUUUCGGUGAAUCAUCAGGUGCUAAACCUUUUGGCUCAUCGUCCGAAUCCAAGUCCAUUUUCGGGGAAUCAUCGUCUGCCAAACCAUUUGGUUCUUCGACAGAAACAAAAUCUAUCUUUGGCCAACCAACAAACGCUAAACCAUUUGGUUCAUCAUCCGAAAAUACGUCAGGGUUCGGUUCAAAGCCAUUCGGCGCUAAGGAUGAAUUGAAACCAGCCUUUGGCUCUCCCUCAAGUUCGACUGGUUUUGACAGUUCAUUUGGUGAAAAAUCUCAAGAGGCUUCGGAAGAUAAAGAGUCCAGCUCCCCAUUUGGAACCUCUUCAAAGCCCUCUCCUUUUGGUCAAUUCGGGUCGCAGAACAAGACCUCGGGUCAGUCAAGCCUCUCAUCAGGAUUUGGCAAUCUAUCUGUUGAUAAAACACCUCCUGGCUCGCCACUGCAAGUCACCAAAGCGGAUGAAGAUAAAUCUCCUUUCGGAGAACCUACUGAACAAUCAUCUCCUUUUGGAAGGUUCACGCAAGAAGACAAGGCAGAGGGUGAUAAGAACAAAUCAUCAUCUUUCGGUGGACUUAUUAAGCCAGGUCUUGCUCUGAAAUUUGAGGGUUCACUGGAAAACAAGCCAUCACCGUUUGGAUUCCAAUCUUCCUCCUCUCCUUUUGCAUCAUUACAACAAGACAAGAGUCAAGAGGAUUUGUCCAGUGGAGUUGAUGACGAGUCUCCAUCAAAGCAGUCCCCAUUUGCACAGAAAGCUUCACCAUUUGAUGCAUUGAACAAGAACAUACUGGAGAAAUCCAGCAAAGAGGAUGAGGAGACUACCGAUGAGAAGACACUGCCUUUAGAAGACACAAAGGGCUUGAAGAGCUCUUUACCAGCUGACAAAGAAGAAGAGGAAGAAGGCGAGGAAGAAGGCGAGGAACAAGGCGAAGAACAAGGCGAAGAAGAAGGUGAAGGUGAAGAAGAAUCGGAGUCGGGUGAAGAACUGGCGGAUACUACAGGAAAUGAGUCAGCUAGCGGACCCUCUGUGGAUGCUCUGCCUAAGCCCUCAUUUACUCCAGCUUCAGACGAAGUGAAGACUGUGAGUGUGACCCCGGCAGAGCCUGAAGAUGGACAGGACCAGAAUGACACUACUACAAAGGAGAAUGAUCUUCCUCAAACACCUGACUUUAAAGAAGGAGAUUCACAAGCUUCUGACCUCGAAGAAAAGCAGCCUGCAUCACCUCCAGCAUCCAAACCUAUAAUACCUGAAGACAGCAGUGCCGUUAAAGAGAAGUCUACUGACGUGGGAUUGAAGUCGCCUCAAGCUUCUCCACCCAAAGAAGAGGAAGAGGAGGAAGAAGAAGUGGUUCCACCUUUGGAAGACAUUGAAUUGAGAGUCUUUGCUAGUCUCGGGAAGCUGAAGAACGAGGGAACAAAGGUUGAGCAGGAGAUGCGUAGCGUCUUGCAAACCACUGAUGCCAUGACAAAGGUUUUAAGGCUCAACGCUCGUAAGGUUGAUGAGAAGAUCAGGGCUCUUGAUUAUGACAAGGACACCACAGACUACAGACGUUUGGGUACAGCCAAGAAUAUCACCGAAGAAGGACGCAAGAAAGCUGAGGAAGCGUCAGAGACGCUCGGUACAGCCACCGAGCUUAACUCAACGUUGCAAGACUUGUUGAAGCUUGUUGAGGAGUCAGAUGAAAAGAGAAAGAACUGCGAGAGAUUGCUCUACCUGGUUUCCAAGUAUGAAAAGUCAUUCAAGCCUGAAAACACAAAGAACCGUCCUCUUGAAAUUAGAGGAGAGAUGCUCAAACUACGUCUUCGUGAGAAGCUAGAGAAGGUUGAACGGUUAUACGACGAAGCGCUGAAAAAGCUGCUUCCAUUAAGUCUCGAGAAACGUUCUGGCCAUACUUUGGUCGAUAAGCUCGAGGAGGUUAUAUUCGAGAUCAACUCUAAGAUCAGGCUCUACUCAUCACACAUUUCUGCCAUAGAAGGUCAGAUCAAGGACCUUCAAGGAACCAAGCUCAUUGAAGACGGUACUAGACAACGCAGCCGUCCUCAAUUAAGUUUCCUGGAAUCCAAAUGGGCGUACGCUAAAAAGCUAGCCACUCAUGGUGUUGUUGAAGAUGAGCUCUGA